AAAGGUAAAGUUAUUAUUAGGAAGAUGAAGAUGAAGAUGAAGAAAAAGUAGGGCUUACACUUAAAAGGAGAGUGACUGCGUGAAACGGAGUCCUACAACGGUUUCGAUGGAGUUGGCGGCACUCUCUAACGCUUGCAAAGUUUGGAGCUUCAAACCGCAAAGUGUUGUAACCAACCUUCAAAUAUCGACAACACACACUCCUCGUUUUUGUUAUGCUUCGUUCUCUUUUCCCUCUCACAGAGGCUGUGCCUGCAAAGCCCUUCUCAGCACCCAAACAUCCAAUGCUACUACUCACAACAUGUUGAGACUUCAACCUCAUUCCCUUGAUUUUGAGCUUUCUACUCUGACAGCUUUGUCCCCAUUGGAUGGCCGUUAUUGGCCUAAAGUUCAGGAAUUGGCUCCUUUUAUGAGCGAAUAUGGCCUCAUAUAUUAUAGGGUUUUUGUUGAGAUAAAAUGGUUGCUGCAGCUCUCUGAAAUUCCUCAAGUCAUUGAGGUUCCGAGUUUCAGUGAAGAUGCUAAAUCUUAUUUGCAGAGCUUGAUUGAUGACUUUAGUGUUAAUGAUGCCUUGGAGGUUAAAAACAUUGAGAAGGUGACAAAUCAUGAUGUGAAAGCGGUGGAGUACUUCUUGAAACAGAAAUGCCAAUCGAAUGCUGAAGUGGCUAAGGUUCUUGAAUUUUUUCACUUUGCUUGCACAUCUGAGGAUAUAAAUAACCUGGCCCAUGCCUUGAUGCUGAAAGAAGCAAUGGAUUCUGUCAUGUUUCCUGUCAUGGAUAAAUUAAUUAAAGCUUUGUGUAGUAUGGCUAAAGAUAAUGCUCAUAUCCCUAUGCUUUCGCGCACACAUGGACAGCCAGCUUCACCGACAACUUUGGGAAAGGAAAUGGCAAUAUUUGCUGUGAGAUUAAGCAGAGAAAGGAAAGCACUAUCUCAGGUUGAGAUAUUGGGGAAAUUUGCUGGUGCAGUUGGAAAUUACAAUGCACAUGUUGUUGCAUAUCCUGAUGUUAACUGGCCUCACAUUGCAGAAGAGUUUGUACAAUCUCUUGGUUUAAGUUUUAAUCCUUAUGUUGCUCAGAUUGAAACUCAUGACUACAUGGCCAAGAUUUUUCAUUUGCUCAUCCAAUUCAACAAUAUAUUAAUUGACUUUGACAGAGAUUUAUGGGGCUAUAUAUCUUUGGGUUACUUUAAACAGAUCACUAAGGCUGGGGAGAUUGGGUCAUCAACUAUGCCCCACAAAGUAAAUCCUAUUGAUUUUGAGAACAGUGAAGGUAAUCUAGGUGUGGCUAAUGGAGGUUUCUCUCAGCUAAGCAUGAAGUUACCGAUUUCACGUUGGCAGAGGGACUUGACUGAUUCAACUGUCUUAAGGAACAUGGGUGUAGGUAUAGGUCAUUCUCUUCUGGCCUACAAAAGCACACUUCAAGGAAUAGGGAAGCUUCAGGUUAACAAAGCUCGCUUGAGUGAAGACUUGAACCAGUGCUGGGAGGUGCUUGCUGAACCAAUCCAGACUGUUAUGCGAAGAUAUGGUGUUCCCGAGCCUUAUGAGAAGUUAAAAGAGCUAACAAGAGGGAGAGCAGUUAACAAAGAGAGCAUAAGAGAUUUCAUUGAAGGGUUAGAUAUUCCAGAAGAAGCAAAGAUGAAUCUGUUAAAGUUAACACCAGAUACUUAUGUUGGAGCAGCUGUUCAAUUGGCCAGAACUGUAGAAAACGCAGUGAAUAUUGUGAAUGGAAUGAAGAUCCCGGAUUCAAGUGGUUGAAACAGUUUUCUCAAGAUGUUAGUUAAUUAGUUAAAGAGGCUACUGCCAACGCAAUUUUGCGACAUCCUCACCAUUAUUGACCAUUAGUCGAUAAAUGAAUUUUUAAAUAAAAUGUUUCAUUUUGGGAAAGAGAAAGAGGACAUAAUGUUCACUGAUUAUGAAGAACUAUAGUGAUAUGGGAUUAUGUUAAGGGUUUUGUAACUUACAGGCAAAUUAUAUUGUAGAGUAUGAAGUGUCAGACCUGAAUAAGAACAUAGGUCUGAUUAAGCAAAAAGUAUGGGUCGGAUUGAAACCAUAUAUGUUCAGUAUUCUACACCUUAUUUCCUGCUGUGGGUAUCACACUAUUGAGCAAUGUUAUUA